AGGGUGGUCCUUCUCUCAGGGUGAUGGUGGCCCUCCUCUCAGGUGAUGGUGGCCCUCCUCUCAGGUGAUGGUGGCCCUCCUCCCAGGUGAUGGUGGCCCUCCUCUCAGGUGACUGUGGCCCGGCCGUCUAAUUAGUCGCCAAGAUGGAUAUGCCCGAAGAGGAACCUCCUGAGUAUGCUGACAUUGCCAGCGAGGAGGAGGAGGAAGAAGAGGAAGAGGAGGAGGAAUUUGACGAGGAGGCACAUCUCGAGGCUCAACGCUCGGCACUAGAACAGGAGUUGCUGUCAGAGACCCUGGAGCUAAUUGAGACGCUGACGGUGCUCCCAGAGAAGUCUCGACUCAAGUGGACACCUCACUUUAAGUCUCUGGCCACCAGCUUCCUUAGAGACCCUGAAGAACGAAUUAUGUGCUGUUAUGUUGUCAGGAGCGCCGGCAAGACACGCUUGGCUGUGAGUCUCAACCUGCCAGUGGGCGCUGUAGGUGCAGUGUGGUACUUCCUCAAGUUGGAUGACGAGGUGCGCAUCACCGCCCAGAACUUCAAAGAAUGUGUCUGGUACGUGGUAACUCUGUCUGGUCUGGGGUGUUUGGUGAGGUAGUAGCUGGAGGAAGUACUCUCCAACUUCGUGGUCAGAGGAAACGAA